GCGUCUCUCACACGCCGACAGGGUCGGCGGUUCUCGGGCAGGUCAGGUCUUCAGCCAGCCGCGUGCCUGGGUGCCGGAGCUCUGGCAUCCCAGUCGUGAGUGUCGCCGCCAUCAUCGCCAAGAGCCCCGAUGCCCAUGGUCGCGAUCGCGCCUCCGGCUCGAAUAGUCCAAGAGUGGCUGCGCCCGCGCGGAGGAGGCGGAAAUACCACCGCGCGCUUACAGUCAGAGGCUCGCGGCCGCCCUGCUGGGCGCCAUGGCCGCCGCGCUCCGCGCCCUGCUGGGCGCGGCCGCGCUGCUGCACGCCGGCGCCCUGCCCGCCGCGGCCUCCGGGGCGAUGCCCCCCGGGGGCCGCUUCUCCGUGCCGCUGCACCGCCAGCGGGUCCCCGUCAUCUCGGGCUCGAACAUCGUCUCCCAGAAGAGCGUGACUUUGGCGGCCUGUCGAUCGGGAAGCAGGAGUUCACCGUGGUCUUCGACACCGGCUCCGCCCACCUGAUAGUGCCAUCCCUGCCACAAGGCUGCCUCAGCGACACCUGCCGGGCCCACCGGCAGUACGACCCCGCGGCCUCCUCGCACGCCCUCGAGAUCGACCACGACGGCAGCCGCGUGCUGCCCGGCGCGCCCCGCGACCAGAUCUCUAUCGCGUUCGGCACGGGCGAGGUCACCGGGGUGUUCGCCCAGGACAGGAUGUGUUUGGGCGUGGUGGAGCCAACGGAGGAUACGGAGACAGCGGCCUACUGCGUGGACAUGAGGAUAGUCCACGCCACAGAGAUGUCGCCUGAGCCGUUCAACUCCUUCACGUUCGAUGGCAUCCUGGGCCUCAGCCUCGACUCGUUAGCGCUCGCGCCCGAGUUUAGUGUGUUCGGCAUGAUGGUUCGCGAGGGCCGGCUGGCCCGACCCAGUUUCGGGGUCUUCCUGGCGGAGGGCGACGAGGAGACCAGCGAGAUCAGCUUCGGCGGCCACGACCCAGCGAAGGUGCGGGGGGAGCCCGCCUUCGUGCCUGUGUUCGGACCUGAGCACGGGCACUGGCAGGUCCAGAUUACGGCUCUCCGGCUUGGGAACCAGACCUUGGACUUCUGCAGCGACGGCCAGUGCCGCGCGGUGGUAGACUCGGGCACCUCGCUGCUGGCCGUGCCCCAGGCGCUAGAGAACGACCUGGCCGUCAUGCUGGAGGACAGCCUCAGGGACCCCCUCGAAGCAGGGCCCGACGGCAGCGGCGUGGACUGCCGCCUGGCCCAGGGGAUGCCCCUGCACUUUGACAUCGACGGGUUCACCAUCACCCUCGAGCCGGGGGACUACACCAGGCAGGCCCUGCGGAUGUCCGAGGACGGCACCACGGUGCCCGCGCUGGUGUCGAGGGAACCCUCCGUUGGCGAGGACGGGGCGGAACCCCUCGCGCGGAGCUGCUGGCCCACGCUGAUGCCCAUCGACUUCCCGGAGCCGCUGGGGCCCAAGCUCUUCAUCUGGGGGGAGCCGGUGCUGCGCAGGUACUACACCGUGUACGACUGGCACACCCAGAGCAUCGGCUUCGGGCGCGCCGCCCACGGCGGCCCACCCGAGGGGGCCUCGGCGGCGCCCGCGGCCGAGGCCAGCGGCGCGGUGGCGGGGCCUGCCGCGCGGGCGAGGGGGCGGAGGCCCCUGCUGGUCGUCUGACCUCGCUGCUCGAGCGGAGGGCGUCGCCGAGGCCCGCGGCCUCGCGGUGUCCCGUGUGCGCCCGCAGCGCCUGCGGGGGGCCCGCAGCUGGCCACGCCAGGCCUGGCCUGGGUGCACGUCAAGGGCGCGGCGGCGCGUGAGGCCCGGCCAGGCUGCACGCCCCGGCGCGGUGGCUCCUCACACGAGCGACGAGCGCCUCCACGUCCAUGCCCUCGCGCAAAGCCGCUCCGUACUUGCGGGGCCGCGGCCGAGGCGUCCAGAUCGCGAGGCCGUGGACGGAGGUGUCUCCUGCCGACGGGCAUCCGCGCUGUUGGGCGAGGGUGGGUGCUCUUGGGCGUCUUCUCGGCCCUUUUCGGGCCUCUGCUGGCCUCCGGGCCUCGUAGUUAGGAGGCCUGGCAGAAGCCUGGGCACGUGUCCCCCUGCCUUCCUGUGGCCGUUCGCACCAGACAGAGUGCGUUCGGGGAUGGCAAGCUCUUCUCGGGCACCGUUAUUCCUCCGCAGCCCUCGCACCAGAUCGAGGGAGGCAGGCACCAGACCUGCCUCAGCUGUGGCAGGAACGGCGCUGUGGCAGGCAGGCACCAGACCUGCAUUCUCAACUGCCUCAGCCUCGCGACCUGUGAUUCGAGCAACGGGAGCUCUUAAGCAGCCUGCAUCACAGUGACGUGAUGCAUGCUGCAUAUCGGCCGUGACUCUCCAUCCUAUCCCUCAUACUACUCACUCCGAGCUUCUUCACCAUUUAUUUUCUUCGGCUGUACGAGAGAUCGAAGGUCUCGUGACGAGACUUCUUUAGUGUCUCUUGUUUUCUUCGUGGAACGUCCCAAGACCGUCAUAGAUGCGCACACAACGCCACGACAGCGGUGGCGUACUGGCGGAGUGGCGUAGAGAUGCCUGGCCGUUUGUCACCCGAAUCUGGGCUCAGACUUUGUUUUAGCAUAGUUACUACAGAUUUCAUGGCCUCCAUCUCCACAGGAUCGCAAAACGACGGAAGGCGAACAUG